AUGUUAAAUUGGCCUGGUUUGUAUGAUAAGAAGAAUCACAAGGCAAUAAUAUUGAAUGUCGAUGAUUUAGGUGAUUAUGAGGUAUUAUCGGUCCUUGAUUUUUCAUUAUGUGAUUCGGAUGUUUUCAUGACCAAAGUACCUGAUUAUCUUCAAAGUUCUUGGAAGAGUGCUUUGGAAUUAACGAAUAAUAAUACAAAAGAGGAAUUAAUAAUGAAACACGUUUUUGAAAAACAAGAAAAGACUGUUAUUGAUAGAAUAGAGGCAGAGAACAAUGAUGUUGCUCCUGACUUGCCACUAAGUACAAAAUCUUUUCUUGCAAAAGGUUUGAUUUCUCUUAAACCAACAGGCAUAGUGUUUGAUGAUAAUAGGGACAUGUUAAAAGUUGAAGAAGAUAUGGAGUGUGUGUUUGAUAGGGACAAAAUAGAAAAUGUUGAUUGUCCUAUUGAGUUCUCCAAAAAACUGUUCCUCUCCUACAAAAACAACAAUCCAACUCCAUUACUGUCACCACUGUAUGCAUUACAGAACAUGUAUUUUGAACAAAAUUCAGAAAUGAACUAUCAGGAAACUCUUUCUAUUCUGUUUGCCUAUCUCAUUAGUAUUUCAAAUGGAAACUUGGCCUCUACUGAGUAUGUUCACCAAUUCUUUUAA